AUUGGAAUACAGUAAUUGUAAAUAAAUAAAAAUGGCGCGAAAUGCAGAAAAGGCUAUGACAACAUUAGCUCGGUGGCGAGCCGCACAUUGUAACGAUGGAAUAAAAAAGGAACAAGAAAGGAGACCUUACCUUGCGUCCGAGUGUAAAGACUUGAGGAAAGCUGAGAAAUGGCGAAUACAAAUAAUUAGAGAAAUAGCUAAAAAAGUUGCUCAAAUACAGAAUGCCGGUUUAGGUGAAUUUAGAAUUAGAGAUCUUAACGACGAAAUCAAUAAAUUACUUAGAGAGAAACGACAUUGGGAAGUACAAAUAAAAGAACUUGGUGGUCCAGAUUAUUCUCGUACAGGACCUCGUAUGUUAGAUCACGAAGGCAGAGAGGUGCCUGGAAAUAGAGGAUAUAAAUAUUUUGGAGCAGCAAAAGAUUUACCUGGUGUUAGAGAAUUGUUUGAACAAGAGCCUCCACCGCCACCUAGAAAAACACGUGCAGAAUUAAUGAAAGACAUCGAUGCGGAUUAUUAUGGUUAUAGAGACGAUGACGAUGGUAUAUUAUUUCCUCUAGAGCAGAAAGAUGAACAGGAAUAUAGAGAAAGACUAAUUGAAAAUUGGAAAAGCGAAAAGAAUAAUAAAGAAAACGAUGUUUCAGAGAAUAAUAAUGAAAUUCAGUCUUCUCAAAUGCAUAUUCCUAGUCAAACAGAAGUUCAGGAAGUUUUACUGUUGCGCAAAAAGCAAGAGCUUCUAGAUAAAUAUGUAUAAUUUGUAAUUAACAAGUAUAAAAAUAACAUAAUCA